AUGUCCGGAGAGUCAAAUGAGCACCGCGACCGGCGGAUUGAAGAACUAUGGCACACACUAGACACCCGCAACGAGGGCCAACUUGACCUUCCUGCCCUCAAGAAAGGCCUUCGCAACAUCGAUCACCCCCUCAAAAAUGCCGAUGAGCUCCUUCACGAUGUCCUCAACGCCGUCGACACUUCGGGCGAUGGACGCAUACAAUACAAUGAAUUCCGAGUUUUUGUGGAGCAUGCCGAGCGUGAGCUUUGGCAACUCUUUGAGAGCAUAGAUAAGGACCACAGCGGAGCUCUGGAUAAAAAUGAGCUUCGUGCCGCUUUCAGCAGAGCCGGUCUUACCAUAAGCAAUGCAAAAUUAGAUCAAUUCUUUGACGAGGUGGAUGUAAAUCACGAUGGAGAAAUCAGCUUUGAGGAGUGGAGAAAUUUUCUCCUGUUCUUGCCUGCAGGUCAACCCAGUCUACGGGCCGUCCUCACAUACUAUUCUGCGACCGCAAAUGUCAACCAGGAAGGAGACGUACAUAUCAACGAUACGCUUCAAGGAUUUGGUAUGCAGCUCACCCCUCUCCAACUGCCGACCCAGUAUGCGGACUGUACGAUACGGGGCUCAACCCCACUACCCUUGAUAUCUGACGUACUCCGGUUGAAAAAAAAAAAAGAAAAACGAAGUAGUAAACAGACAUUAGAUGUGCAGGCUCUGACACAAUUGACGAUGCUGACAGAUUUUCUCCCUCCACUAGGCUAUUUUAUUGCAGGAGGCUUAGCAGGCAUGGUUUCUCGAACUGCUACUGCACCGCUCGACCGACUCAAAGUUUACUUGAUCGCACAAACAAACACGAAAGACGCCGCCGUGAACGCGGCAAAUCGCGGAGCCCCGAUUGAAGCCAUUAAGAACUUUGGCCGACCUCUAAUAGAUGCGUGCAAAGAUCUUUGGGCGGCUGGUGGUAUGCGCAGCUUAUUUGCUGGCAAUGGUUUGAAUGUUCUCAAGGUCAUGCCCGAAUCGGCCAUUAAAUUCGGAGCCUAUGAGGCGGCCAAAAAGAUGUUGGCGGAAAUUGAGGGCUCCGAUCCAAAGCAUCUUCACCCUACUUCUCAAUUUCUCGCCGGCGGUAUCGGCGGUGUUGUGUCCCAAUGUGUGGUGUACCCCCUCGACACCCUCAAAUUUCGAAUGCAAUGCGAGACCGUUUCUGGUGGUCUACACGGAAAUGCACUCAUUGUUCAGACGGCACAUAAAAUGUGGAAACAAGGGAAGCUCAUGCCCUACUAUCGUGGUUUGGGUAUGGGCCUUGCCGGAAUGUUCCCCUACAGUGCAAUCGAUUUGUUCAUCUUCGAGAAUUGCAAGCACUUUGUUCUGGCAAGAAAGGCGAAAAAGGCUCGAUGCCAUGAAGAAGAUGUUGAGAUGAGUAACCUCUUUACUGGGGUCAUUGGAGCGACAUCAGGUGCCAUCAGCGCGACCGCCGUCUACCCGAUUAAUUUAUUGCGGACAAGACUACAGGCUCAGGGGACCGUGUUGCAUCCGCCAACAUAUAAAGGCAUUGUGGAUGUGAUGAUAAAGACGAUCCAGGGCGAAGGCGUCAAGGGCCUUUUCAAAGGAGUGACACCGAAUCUAUUGAAGGUGGCACCAGCUGUAAGUAUCAGCUACAUUGUCUAUGAGAACAGCAAGGCGUUGAUGGGACUACAUUGA